CGAUCUAUUUGAAUGGACUCUUCCCACUUAAACCUUUACAUUUAUAAAUAACCAAUCAACAGGGAAUCUUAGUACCGAAUUGUUCUAGUUGGUGAACCAAAUCAACUAAAUCCUCCUGUGGACAUGUUUCUCCUCGUUGCUGAAUUUAAACCUAAUUUGUUUUUCAUAUUAUUUUCAAUAUUUAAAAUUAUACAAAUAGUCCAACUGCUUCACAUUUAGUUAGAGAGUGUAUGAAGUAUAAAUACCUCUUCCCUCCUCCCAUUCAAAACUCGCCACCUUCCACUUACAGAGACCUUCACAAGACUGACAACAAUGGCGUCUCUUCCUCAGGCUCCCCCCCGAUUCCUCGCCAUUCUCACCUGUUUUACUCUUCUCGCUUCUUUCGCCUCUGCCGAACUUCACGUCCGUGAAUUCGUGAUCGAGGCGAGGCCGGUGAAGAGGCUGUGCAGAACUCAUCAGACCAUCACGGUGAACGGUCAGUUCCCUGGUCCGACACUCGAGGUCAGAAACGGUGACUCGCUCGCCAUCACCGUCAUCAACAAAGCUCGAUACAACAUCAGCAUCCACUGGCACGGAAUCCGACAGCUUCGGAACCCAUGGGCGGAUGGACCGGAGUACAUAACGCAGUGUCCAAUCCAACCGGGUCAGAGCUAUACUUACAGGAUCAUGAUCGAGGGGCAAGAGGGUACAUUCUGGUGGCACGCCCAUAGCCGGUGGCUCAGAGCCACCGUCUAUGGAGCUCUCAUCAUUUAUCCACGACUCGGCUCUCCUUAUCCUUUCCCCAUGCCCAAGCGAGACAUCCCCAUUCUUCUCGGGGAAUGGUGGGACAGAAACCCCAUGGAUGUCCUGAGAUUAGCUCAGUUUACCGGAGCAGCACCAAAUGUCUCCGACGCUUACACGAUCAAUGGCCAACCUGGUGACCUAUACCGUUGUUCCCGCCAAGAAACUGUUCGUUUUCCGGUGUUUCCUGGGGAGACAAUCCAGCUCCGCCUCAUCAACGCUGCAAUGAACCAAGAGCUGUUCUUCGCCAUUGCUAACCACCCACUCACAGUCGUGGAAGUCGACUCAGCUUACACCAAACCCUUCACCACAAGCGUCGUCAUGAUCGCUCCUGGUCAGACCAUGAACGUACUCCUGACCGCAGACCAACGUCCCGGCCGCUACUACAUUGCGGCCCGAGCCUAUAACAGCGCGAAUGCGCCCUUCGACAAUACCACGACUACUGCAAUACUGGAAUACGUCAACACACCUCGUCGGACCGCUCCAACCUUCCCGCGUCUGCCCGGUUUCAACGACACGGCCACGGCGACUGCUUUCACGAAUCGGCUACGGUCCAUGAGAAGAGAAGGGCUACCACUCGAGAUCGACGAAAACUUGUUCUUCACCGUGGGGCUGGGACUCAUCAACUGCACAAACCCGAACAGCCCUCGUUGCCAGGGCCCGAACGGGACGAGGUUUGCGGCCAGCAUGAACAACGUCUCGUUCGUGCUCCCGAGGCGAAACUCGCUGAUGCAGGCUUAUUACCAGGGAACUCCGGGAGUUUUCACGGUGGAUUUCCCGCCGGUUCCGCCCGUGAAAUUUGACUACACCGGAAAUGUGAGUCGCGGGCUGUGGCAGCCGCGUCGGGGGACCAAAGUUUACAAGCUCAGGUACAAGGCCAGAGUUCAAAUCGUGUUGCAGGACACGAGCAUUGUCACACCAGAGAAUCAUCCUAUGCAUCUCCAUGGUUACCAGUUCUACGUUGUCGGGUCGGGUUUUGGUAAUUUUGACCCGAAGAGAGACCCGGCUAAUUUCAACCUCGUUGACCCACCGGAGAGGAACACCAUUGGAACGCCACCCGGCGGUUGGGUCGCGAUCCGGUUCAUCGCUGACAAUCCCGGAAUCUGGUUCAUGCAUUGUCACAUCGACUCGCACCUCGGGUGGGGUCUUGCCAUGGCGUUCCUGGUGAAGAACGGGAAAGGAGAGCUUCAGACGGUGCAGCCUCCGCCGUUGGAUCUUCCGAGAUGCUAAACCAGACGCCAUCCUCCACCGUUGGAUCUGUACUUUUCAAUUUCUAGGUUUUGGAUUUUGUCAUAUGCCCUAAAGCUGGAUUGGGCGGAUUAUCGUUUGGGUUUCUUCUUCAAAGAUGUACUUUUGAUUUUUCUCGAUCGAAUGUUUUCGAAUCCAAAUACGCAAAAGU